UUUUUUUUUUAACCAAAAACGCCCUUAACCGGUAACUGCCGUACGUUAUACCGAAGCUAAUUGAAGUUACUGAGCCCUAGCGACAAAAUCUCCUCUUCAAUCUCCGAUGAUACGAAGCUGAAAACUAGACAACUAGAGUUUUUGAUUUACAACAAUUAUGGUGGGAAUGACGAAUUCGAGCUCGAGAGAAACAUACGCGAGUUUAGUAUUCUCGACCAAGGCAGCCAUGGACAUACCAUUAAAACUCGAAUACUUGCGUCGUUUAAAGCAAGAUUUGAUCGAAGAAGAAAAUGUCAUUGUUAUCUCAGAAAUUCUCCCUCGUAUCUUCGACCUUCAAUCCGAUUCCUUUGCUCCGGUUCGCAAGUUUGUCACUGAGAUUAUUGGUGAAGUUGGAUUAAAACAUGUGCAGUUUUUACCCGAAAUUAUGCCUGUACUUAUCAGUGUUCUUGACGAUUCUGCUCCAGCUGUAGCUCGACAAGCUAUUACUUGUGGACUUGAUCUAUUUCGUUCUACCCUUGUAAAACUUGCAAUUCAGGGUCUGCACUCGAGUGAGUUGGACAAUUCCGUUGAAUCAUCAUGGACAUGGAUAUUAAAGUUCAAGGAGAAGAUAUAUUUGAUGGCUUUUCAGGGAAGUGGUGGGGUAAGAUUGCUAGCGUUGAAGUUUGUCGAAGCAGUUAUACUUCUGUACACACCUGAUCCUAACGGCUCUCUAAAACCCUCUCCUGAUGAAGGAAACCUUGUGGAGUUCAAUAUAUCUUGGCUUCGUGGUGGCCAUCCUGUACUGAACAUGGGAGAUCUAUCAAUUGAGGCUGGUGAGAAGUUGGGAUUAUUGCUUGAUCAGCUUAGGUUCCCAACAGUAAAAUCUCUCAGUAGCUUAGUGAUUGUUGUUCUUAUCAAUAGUCUUUCAGCAAUUGCAAAGAAAAGGCCUGCAUAUUAUGGACGCAUUUUGCCAGUUUUACUUGCUCUAGAUCCUCCAAGUUCUGUCAUCAAAGGAAUGCAUCUUUCUAGUGCUCAUCAUGCUCUUAAAAAUGCCCUCCUCAGCUGCUUGAAAUGUACACACCCGGGUGCUGCACCGUGGCGGGAUCGUCUAGUUGAUGCCCUGAAAGAGAUGAAAGCUGGAGAGCUGGCAGAGCGAGCCCUAAGUCAAGUUUGCAAGGCUAAUGGAAGUGUGGAAGACAUUAAAAAUGAUUUGCCAGUUAUUAAGGAAGAGAAACCCUCCAUCCAGGCCUGUGAUGAUGUGCGCACUAACUUGGGAAGAAAGAGAUCUGGAGCAGACGACAACAGUGAUCCAGAUGAAGAAAAUGAAGUGUCUGGAAAACGUGUCAGAUCAACACUUAGUGUCUCAGAAGAAUCAAGUAAAGCUUUGAAUAGGAAUAUUAUUGUGUCUCAGGAUCAAAUUCCGUCAACUGGGUCUGCCUCUAACAAAGGACAUGGUGAUACUGGACCUGUACAGCAGCUUGUUGCCAUGUUUGGUGUCUUGGUUGCUCAAGGUGAAAAUGCCAUUAGAUCCUUACAGAUUCUUAUUUCAAGUAUCUCGGCUGACUUGCUAGCUGAGGUAGUGAUGGCUAAUAUGUGUAACCUUCCUCUCAACUGCUCUCAAGCUGAUGGAGAUGAAGAAUCAGUACUGGAAAUGACUAUAUUUGGCAGUGACACUGGAGCCAAGUAUCCAGCAUCUUUCUUGGCUGAUGUUCUUUCACUUUCUAGUAGUUUCCUGCCGAUAGCUUCACUGCUUGAUGAACAACAUUCAAUGGCCAAUGAUGCAGCGAAACCACAGAGGGAGGAAGAACUUCUUGCACCGGCUGUGGCUGAUGGUGCUGUUUUAUUCGAUGGCUUUACCCCCGAAGCUGAAGUUGCAGCUUUACCUACUGGUGUAGUGGCUUCUUCUGAUGUUUUGCCCAAAAAGGAGAAUUCUGAUUUAUCCAUUUCUUCUGAUAACCAUGAUGUGGGAAGUCUAGAGAGUGAUAUACCUGGUCUGAAUUCUUCUGCUUGUAAUGAUGGUUUUUCAGAGACCUUUGUUACUUCCUUAUUGGCCACAAAAGACAUAGAAGAUGUCAGUCAAGAGCAAGAAACUGGUGAGAGGUCACUGCUUGAUUUGCCAUCAGUUUCAACAGAUAGGUCUAGGUCAGAAGAGACUAGUCCGAAAGCAGCUACUACGGAUCCUAACAGUCUGAUUGCCUCAACAGCUACUUCUGUCACUUUGUCUUCUCCUUUUGCCCUACCCAAGAUGUCAGCACCUGUUGUUGACCUUGCUGAUGAGCAAAAGGAUCAAUUACAAAACUUGGCUUUUAUGCGCAUUCUUAAGACAUAUAAACAAGUAGCAGUUGCUGGGGGUUCACAAAUCCGUUUUUCUUUACUUGCUUAUAUAGGAGUUGAGGGUCUGCACUCGAGUGAGUUGGACAAUUCCGUUGAAUCAUCAUGGACAUGGAUAUUAAAGUUCAAGGAGAAGAUAUAUUUGAUGGCUUUUCAGGGAAGUGGUGGGGUAAGAUUGCUAGCGUUGAAGUUUGUCGAAGCAGUUAUACUUCUGUACACACCUGAUCCUAACGGCUCUCUAAAACCCUCUCCUGAUGAAGGAAACCUUGUGGAGUUCAAUAUAUCUUGGCUUCGUGGUGGCCAUCCUGUACUGAACAUGGGAGAUCUAUCAAUUGAGGCUGGUGAGAAGUUGGGAUUAUUGCUUGAUCAGCUUAGGUUCCCAACAGUAAAAUCUCUCAGUAGCUUAGUGAUUGUUGUUCUUAUCAAUAGUCUUUCAGCAAUUGCAAAGAAAAGGCCUGCAUAUUAUGGACGCAUUUUGCCAGUUUUACUUGCUCUAGAUCCUCCAAGUUCUGUCAUCAAAGGAAUGCAUCUUUCUAGUGCUCAUCAUGCUCUUAAAAAUGCCCUCCUCAGCUGCUUGAAAUGUACACACCCGGGUGCUGCACCGUGGCGGGAUCGUCUAGUUGAUGCCCUGAAAGAGAUGAAAGCUGGAGAGCUGGCAGAGCGAGCCCUAAGUCAAGUUUGCAAGGCUAAUGGAAGUGUGGAAGACAUUAAAAAUGAUUUGCCAGUUAUUAAGGAAGAGAAACCCUCCAUCCAGGCCUGUGAUGAUGUGCGCACUAACUUGGGAAGAAAGAGAUCUGGAGCAGACGACAACAGUGAUCCAGAUGAAGAAAAUGAAGUGUCUGGAAAACGUGUCAGAUCAACACUUAGUGUCUCAGAAGAAUCAAGUAAAGCUUUGAAUAGGAAUAUUAUUGUGUCUCAGGAUCAAAUUCCGUCAACUGGGUCUGCCUCUAACAAAGGACAUGGUGAUACUGGACCUGUACAGCAGCUUGUUGCCAUGUUUGGUGUCUUGGUUGCUCAAGGUGAAAAUGCCAUUAGAUCCUUACAGAUUCUUAUUUCAAGUAUCUCGGCUGACUUGCUAGCUGAGGUAGUGAUGGCUAAUAUGUGUAACCUUCCUCUCAACUGCUCUCAAGCUGAUGGAGAUGAAGAAUCAGUACUGGAAAUGACUAUAUUUGGCAGUGACACUGGAGCCAAGUAUCCAGCAUCUUUCUUGGCUGAUGUUCUUUCACUUUCUAGUAGUUUCCUGCCGAUAGCUUCACUGCUUGAUGAACAACAUUCAAUGGCCAAUGAUGCAGCGAAACCACAGAGGGAGGAAGAACUUCUUGCACCGGCUGUGGCUGAUGGUGCUGUUUUAUUCGAUGGCUUUACCCCCGAAGCUGAAGUUGCAGCUUUACCUACUGGUGUAGUGGCUUCUUCUGAUGUUUUGCCCAAAAAGGAGAAUUCUGAUUUAUCCAUUUCUUCUGAUAACCAUGAUGUGGGAAGUCUAGAGAGUGAUAUACCUGGUCUGAAUUCUUCUGCUUGUAAUGAUGGUUUUUCAGAGACCUUUGUUACUUCCUUAUUGGCCACAAAAGACAUAGAAGAUGUCAGUCAAGAGCAAGAAACUGGUGAGAGGUCACUGCUUGAUUUGCCAUCAGUUUCAACAGAUAGGUCUAGGUCAGAAGAGACUAGUCCGAAAGCAGCUACUACGGAUCCUAACAGUCUGAUUGCCUCAACAGCUAGUUCUGUCACUUUGUCUUCUCCUUUUGCCCUACCCAAGAUGUCAGCACCUGUUGUUGACCUUGCUGAUGAGCAAAAGGAUCAAUUACAAAACUUGGCUUUUAUGCGCAUUCUUGAGGCAUAUAAACAAGUAGCAGUUGCUGGGGGUUCACAAAUCCGUUUUUCUUUACUUGCUUAUAUAGGAGUUGAGUUUCCCUCAGAGUUGGACCCAUGGAAACCACUACAGGAGCACAUCUUGGAAGAUUAUGUGAAUCAUGAGGGACAAGAGUUGACAUUGCGUGUACUGUACAGAUUAUAUGGAGAGGCAGAAGAGGAACGUGACUUCUUUUCUUCUACAACUGCUUCUGCUGUAUAUGAAACAUUCCUAUUGACUGUGGUAUGUAUUGCUUUCCAGUGUUCAUUUCAUCCAUCUAACGAAACACUUCAAGGGAUAAACGGUUUCAGUCAACACUUUAAAGAUCUUACGAACACAAGAGGACCUUUACCACUAUUCUCACUGUUCCUUUUACAGAGUGGAGACCGAGUUACUCAAGGUCUCAGUGCUGUAUGGAGCCUAAUCCUGCUGAGGCCUCCUUUGCGAGAUGUCUGCUUGAGAAUUGCUUUGCAGAGUGCAGUUCAUCACUUGGAGGAAGUGCGCAUGAAGGCGAUACGACUGGUGGCAAAUAAGCUUUAUCCUUUAUCAUCCAUUGCUCAACAAAUAGAAGAUUUUGCCCGGGAAAUUUUGCUUUCUGUAAUAAAUGUCGAUUCUUCAGAAAGAGCAGAUGCCAAUGGAUCAACUAUUGAAGCACUCAAGGAUUCUGAUUUGGAGAAACCAUCAAAUGAUCUUGUGUCAGUCGGUGCCUUAGGUAAAGACAUUUCCACUGAUACUCAUCAGUCAUGCACAACUCAGAGUGCAUCAUCCCUUUCGAUCCCCCAGGCCCAACGAUGCAUGUCGCUUUAUUUUGCCCUGUGUACAAAGAAGCACUCACUUUUUCACCAAAUAUUUGUUAUCUACAAAGAUGCAUCAACAGCUGUCAAACAGGCAGUCCAACGUCAUAUCCCAAUACUGGUUCGUACUAUGGGUUCAUCAUCUGGACUACUCGAAAUUAUUUCAGAUCCUCCAAGUGGAAGUGAGAGCCUCCUGAUGCAGGUUUUGCAUACACUGACAGAUGGGACAGUUCCAUCACCAGAAUUGAUUUUCACUAUUAGGAAGUUAUAUGAUUCUAAAUUAAAGGAUGUAGAAAUUCUAAUUCCAGUAUUGCCAUUCCUGCCGAGAGAGGAGGCCUUGCUGAUAUUUCCGCGUCUUGUCAAUCUUCCUCUAGACAAGUUCCAGGCAGUACUUGCUCGUACACUACAGGGGUCAUCUAAUUCUGGUGCGCAGCUCUCUCCAGCUGAAGUGUUGAUAGCUAUCCAUGGAAUUGAUCCUGACAGAGAUGGAAUUCCCUUGAAGAAGGUCACAGAUGCAUGUAAUGCUUGUUUUGAGCAACGGCAGAUCUUCACCCAACAAGUUCUUGCAAAAGUCUUGAAUCAAUUGGUUGAGCAGAUUCCUCUACCCUUAUUGUUCAUGCGUACAGUAUUGCAAGCUAUUGGUGCUUUUCCAGCACUGGUGGAAUUUGUAAUGGAGAUCCUUUCUCGUCUUAUUAGCAAGCAGAUAUGGAAGUACCCAAAGUUGUGGGUAGGGUUCUUGAAAUGUGCACACCUGACACAGCCUCAGUCAUUCAAUGUGUUGCUUCAGCUACCGCCACCACAGCUGGAAAAUGCAUUGAAUAGAAUAGCUGCACUUAAGGCUCCUUUGAUCGCUCACGCAAGCCAACUAAAUAUCCGCUCUUCACUUCCAAGAUCUGUGUUGGCCGUUUUGGGAAUUGCUUCAGAUUCCCAGACUUCAAGUCAGGCACAAACAAGCCAGGGACAGACUGGAGAUAUAAACAACUCAGAGAAGGAGACGAUGACAGACAAAUCUAAAGAAGAAUCAUCCAGUGCUAGUUGACAUGCCAAUUAAAUGAUUUGGAUGACUGUAACAUUAUGCUUCAAAUCGUACAGUUGUUGACAACCAAGGUGGCUCUGGCUAAACCAUCCGAUUUUCCUAGUUUUCAAAUGGGCCAAAUCAAAGAUUAUUAAGUGACGAUCUUUCGCUGUGUACAUAAGCAGGAGGGGGAAAAUGGAUAGCAGCAAAUAUGCUAUAGGAUGCACUGUAUCUAUGUCAUACACAUCAGAAUGCCUUUGUAACAAAUUACCGCUGCUGCUAUAAAGAAUGACAAUGCAGAAGAUUUUGGAAAGCAUAUUACACAAGGUGAAAAUGUAAAAUAGGGCUAGGUGGAAUUUUUGUAAGUUGAAAUAAAUGCUAAUGAAUUUCAAGUUAAAUGUACCAAGGUGGUUUUGAAACUAAUUUAGAAUGCUGCGAGCUGCUUUUGUCAAAUGUCAAUGUCUACACUCUACACUUUAACUGAGCUCUUUAGUUUUAUUUUACUUGAAGAUGUGCAAAUUGCCAUA